UGAAUAUAUUUACUUUUUAGGGGGGCGGGCAAAUAAAUAAAAAAUAAAAAGAAAACAUAGAGAAAUACCUCUUUAUUAUUUGAAUUGCUAGUAUUCCCUUUUUUGUACUCUUAUCGAGGAGAUCUCUCACAUUGAAGUAUAGACAAAUCUUAAAUUUCGAUUUGCCACGCAUUCCAUCCUUUAAAGUUAUUGAAACAUUUACAUAGAUAUGACCACCUUAGAAGCAAUUGGCUCUUCUCUCCCAUAUGGAGCUCGUGUCUACAAGGAUGACUGUAUGUACAACUUUGAUACAGCCGAGAACAACCCAAAUGGAUUAGAUGUAUGUUUACAAUGUUACCAAGCAUUUUCAAGAGGUGUUGAUUCCAACUAUACACAAGAACACGCCUUGAAGAAAGAACAUGAUUUUUAUUUCAACAUACGCAAGACACUCAAGGAAAACCCCAACAAAUACAAUGAGCUUGGUGAGAGCAAUUCCAAGCUUGCCAAACUUGAAGUGAAGGAUGUUGCAGAAGAAGAUAUUUAUGAUUUCAUCUACACCAUCUAUUCAAAUCUGAGUGAUGAUUCCAUCCCAUUGGAAGAUGCUCCACAAAAUAUACAAUUACUCACCCAAGAGAUUCUUGCCACAAACUCUUCAAACCGUCAAGAUGAGAUCAAGACUUGGGAACAAGAAAUCCAACCUUGUGAACAUUCUGUAUCGAUCCAACCAGUACAAACCCUUACUACCGGAGAAUCUAAACCUGUUUUAGAUCAAUGUCUGGAGUGUUCAUUGAAGGAAAACCUUUGGAUUUGUCUUCAUUGUGGUAUUAUUGGAUGUGGUAGACAACAAUAUGGAUCCACCCUUCAAGGGAAUUCACACAUGCUUGCUCAUUAUGAGGCUCAUCCUACGCAUCCAGUGGCAAUUAAAUUGGGGUCUUUGGAUGUGGAUAACUGUGACGCAUACUGUUACAAGUGUAAUGAUGAGGUGAAGGUUCCUGAACUUGUGGCUAUACUUCUUGCAUAUGGAAUUGAUGUUUCAACUCUUGUCAAGACAGAAAAAAAUCUUAUUGAAUUAAAUUUGGAUCAAAAUUUGAAUUGGGAUUUCAAAUUAGAUGGUGCAAAUGGUGAAAAACUUCCACCAGUGUUUGGUCCUGGUCUUACAGGGUUCCAGAACUUGGGUAAUUCAUGUUAUCUUAACUCUGUCAUUCAAGUCUUGUAUAGUUUACCGGCCUAUACGCUGUACUUUAAGGAAUUUGAUGGGAAAUUCCCUGAAAAUGUCACUAAUCCUGCCGUGGACUUGACUAGUCAAUUACUCAAGAUUUAUGAUGGGUUAAGUUCUGGAAGAUAUUCUGUUCCAAGCCACACUAAGGAUGACACUUAUCAAUUAGGUAUUAAGCCUUCUGCGUUUAAAACUUUGAUUGGAGAAAAUCAUCCCGAAUUCCAAACUCAAAGACAACAAGAUGCCUUUGAAUUUCUUCUUUAUUUCCUUGAAAAAUCAAAUAAAGAAGUUGGUUCUAAAUUAAAUGAAUCGUUUAAAUUUGUUGUUGAAAACAAGAUCAAAUGUUUGGAUUGUGAAAAUGUUAAACUUUCUACUGAGUUGGUUGACAACUUGAGUAUCCCAAUAAAGGACGUAGUGGAUUCAGUAGAUGCGGAAACGGGGACGAAAACUUAUAAAACUGUGCAAUUAAAUGAUUCUCUCACUGAUUAUUGUGCACCUGAAUUACUUGGAGAUUAUAAAUGUCCAAAGUGUACCUCUUAUAAUAUGUUGAAAUCCAUUGGAUUGAAAAGUUUCCCUUCAGUGCUUAUUGUAAAUGCAAAGAGAAUUAAACUUGAAAAUUGGGUACCAGUUAAAAUCGAUGUACCAAUUGAAGUUCCUGGUACUAUCGAUAUUUCUGAAUUGAAAUCUAAGGGGUUACAAGAGGGUGAAAUUGAAAUUGAAGAAGAUGAAGAUGAACAAGAUUCUGAUGUAAGAUCGUCUAAGUUUGAACCAAACCAAGAGGCAUUGAAUUCUCUUUUAAGUAUGGGAUUCCCGGAACCACGUAGUAUUAAGAGUUUACAUGCUACAGGGAAUAAUAGUGCUGAAGAAGCCAUGAAUUGGCUAUUUGCGCAUAUGGACGAUGCUGACAUUGAUAGUCCUUUACAAGAAAGUGGUUCUAAUAAAGAUAAUUCCAAGAAUGAACCAUCUGAAGAACUUGUCAAUAAUCUUGUAGGGAUGGGCUUCAGUACUCAACUUGCAACCAAGGCACUUAUUUUGAAUGGUAGCGAUGUUAAUGCCGCAGUUGAAUGGUUGUUCAGCAACCCAGAUGAUGACGGGGUCAUUGAAUCUACAUCGACUCCUACAGUAGAACAGAAACUGGAUAAAGAAAUAGUUGCGCAACUCGAAGGAACUGGGAACCCCAAAUACAAAUUACAUGCGGUUGUGUGUCACAAGGGUACCUCUCCUCACACUGGCCAUUAUGUUGCCUUUAUUAGAAAAAUCAUUGACGGAGAGGAAAAAUGGGUCUUGUUCAACGAUGAGAAGGUGGUUGCCUGUGCAGACUUGCUGGAUGUCAUCACCAAUGGGUAUGUCUACAUAUUUGUCGAAGACAAGCUUUAGUAAAAGAUGGACAUAGAGAAACGAUAAAAAAAAAAAAUAUCAAGCAAAACUUUUUACAUAUAUAGAACGGAAUAAAAUAGGAAAUGGUACAUAAGUUUAGUGACUGCCACUUCCUGAGCCC